GUCGAAAGCUAAAUGAAGCUACGAAUUCUUCUUCUGGGAUCGGGUUAUGUUACUCGACCAUGGCUACCGCUAGUUGUCGGAGAGCUCUUUUGAUCCUUUCCAAACGUUCUUGGAGCGACUUUCACAGGAAAUUGGAGAAGAACAGCUGAAAAGUUUGAAAUUCUUGCUUGAAAAGCAUAUUCCGGCUGGCACUUUGGAAAAAUUCACAACACCAAGGAAACUGUUUAAGUGUAUGAAGCAGAAACAAUAAUUUAGAUUUCCUCGAGGAGCUUUUAACGGUAGCUCAGCGAUCAGAUCUUGUAGAGAUUGUUAAAGAUUUUAAACGGCAACCAACAAUGGAAAUGGACAGCGGAUAUCCAGGUAACUAUGGGAUAAUUAAUUAUGUAUAUGCAGGGCUUUCAGUAAGUUUUUGAGUAGCAGGUUGUGUUGGAAAAGUAGGCGUCUAGGGGGGUCUGGGGGCACGGUCUCCCAGAAAACUUUGAAACCUAGACACUCAGAAAUGCCAUUUCCAGCAUUUUCCAAGAGGUAUUUUCCUCUAAAAAGGCAAGGGAAACGAGGCAUAAAACGGUCCACAUAUAACAGAUAUUGGAUGUUUAUUAUUUGGGUGCGGCCCAAAUAGAGUAAUGGAAACGGCUUGUUUUGGUGCAAAUGUGCAAUAGGCACGCAAUACGUGCUAACAUAAACAAGGGAACUAAACAAGUGAAGCGAGGCGAAUGUCUGCCAUGUGAACGUCUUGUACAAGGUAAGAGGCAUGUGGGAAAGAAAGGUCUGCUAGCACACGGCAAUUUAUCCCCCUUUUACGAUCUCAACAGUUUAUCUGAAUCCUCAGUAUUUUUGCCUCAUUGAAAUUUGGAAGUCUGAAGUCCAGGGAUGAAGUCUAUCAAAAAUAUUUGGAAUAUCAACGUCGGGUUUUGGUCACAAUAAGAUCACAAGCAACAAACAUUGGAAAAACGGAUCGAAAUCCACCAAUCACAAAUCACAAACAAUGACCGUUUGAACCCAUUGAAGAAAACUUUCUUUUCCUAAGAGGUCCGCUAAGAUAACUGGCGUCUGACAUUUUUUUGACGAGAGGAUCGAAAUGUACCAAUCAUAGGAUGACAGUUUUAAUUGCAUGUUUCCUAACAGGUCAUCUGAGUUUGCUUUUUUUUAUUUUAUGUCCAUUUUGUUUUCAUUAUUUUGUGAUUGGUUGAUUUUGUUAGGUCGAGUGGAUAAUCCAAUGAGUUGAGUCACAUGAUCAACUGAAGUAAUCUUUGUUAUCUUACUGUAAAUUAAAGUGCACAACUACAACUCAUUCAUUUUAAUGGUGGCAAUUACUGGUGUUGGUAUCUACAGCAUUGAGGCUGGCAGAUAUAAUGUAUUUGAUUCUCAUGCUAGUUAACAAUUAUUCUUUGAAAUCGAGGUGAAUAGUGGCUAAAUAUUUACCGAGCCGCGAAAUAUUCCCAAACCCGUUAUUCACCGAGAUUGAAAAGAAUAAUUGUUUUAGUAUAUACACACGAAGUGAUCUCAACAAAAUCAGUGAGGAAACCAUUAAAAAGUACGAUUUGAUUGACAGAUCAAAUCACGCGUAAGUUUAAAAUAGAUCUUUGCAGAAUUUUCAAACAUGGUAAUUCACAAGUUUAUCAUUUUGCAAACAACAGCGUAAUGGCUUAAAUGGAACCACUAAAAGUUUCCUUACCUGAGAAGAAAAGUAGAGCUUUGUUGUUUUCUGUUGACUCGCCAAUGCAAGUUUAUAGCCAAAAGGGUUUGUUGUGUCGUUCUUCCCAUGAAGUGCUGACAAAAAUGGCGGCUCGGUUGCUCGAGGUAAGACGUCAUCUUCCUGUAUCAUUCUUUUUCCUGUUUACUUGAAAUGUAGAAUUUCUGCCAACAUUUCCUUUUAAAUUUGUUUGUCAUAAAUAAACUUCGAUUUUUGAGCCAAAAUUUUCUUGUUAGAAAACGCUGAGUUCACAAAACGGCUUCUUCUACGAAUACACGAGAUUUGUAAACAAUCCAUCAACCACAAAACUCAGCUACAGUAAAUUGAAAAAUGCCGUAUUGAAUUCUUCCAAGUCUUUUCUUGCCUCAAAAAAAAAGUCAGCCCUUGGAUUUUGUCGACUUUUAAAAGAUCGAUCUCGAAAAAAAUAUGGAAAAAACACCCAGCUGACACAUUAUCCACUCACUAGGAGGUGAAUAUGGUUGAAUAGUCCGAGAUAGCAAACCAAUCUGAUUGCUUAAAUCACCAAGAUCACUGAGUGUGUAUAUACUAAAGAUAUGUAUCAUAACAGUCAUAGUGAAGGGACAUGUGUAUUGUUGGAAUACCAUCCAUGCAUAAAUUAGUACAAUAUUUUUAGACUCUACAUAGGAAUGAGGAUAUAUAUGAACUUAAAGGUGUACAUAUUGCCACCUUUGAACCUCAUCUUUUCUCAAACAAUGUUGAACAUUGUAGUAUAUCAAAUGUUAAUAGUUACCAAUGUUCCUGUAAACAGUGCUGCUCUAUAGCAGUUUAUGCGAUGUGCUACUCUCUUAUUAAUCCUUGUGGAUACUGGACUUAAGGAACUUUUUUUGCCCUUGUUAGUAACCGGAAUACACUGUAGAAUGUGAUGGGUGUGAAAACACGUCUGUCAGUCAAUCUUCCUCAAAGUGUCAGUAUCAGUGGAGCUGAGAUAAACCUUAUUCUCCAGGCUGUAACCAGUGAUGUCCUAUGUUGCAAUUUGGCUCCAAACAUGUCUGCAUUGAAGAUGUGCAUAUUUUGAAACAUUGUCAUGAAAUGACACUAUUUUUGUUGUGGAUAAGAUAUGAUCAGGGGAACCCAACGUCAAUUUUUGGAAAAUAUCUCUUCGGAAGACGAUUUGAGAUCUAGAAUUUUCAGAACAUUUGUUGUAAAAUUUCUUGCUUGCCUGCCUCUUCUAGAAUUUUCGAACAUCUAAAAUGGUAUAAUUGCCCAUUUUCAAUGGAUUUUUACCCUAAAAAGGUUACCUAGAAUUUUCGGGAGCCUUUUUUCUGGCUGAAAUUUUCGAAAGGUAAGUUUUGAUCCCUAUAAUUUUCAGAUCAGUAGACUUUCAGCUAGGAAAUCUGAACAGAUGAAAAACUUUCAGGGGAUCAAAGUAUGCCUAUAUCUAUCAUUUAAAUACUAAAAUACGUUUAAAACAAUGCUAUGUUUAAGUGGUUUUGAACUAUAUUCCCGUUGGGUGCCCCUGUAUGAUGACAGUUCUUUAGCUGCAAUAAGGCAUGUUCAAAGUAUCAUACCGAUAUUACGACCACGCCCAAAUAUACGCUCCCACAGCGUCUUGUUACCAUUUAGAUUAUUAUUUGCAAGGUUCACACAAAUUCAACAGGUUUGAAGUUUAAGGCUCUACUGUUCAAUCUCAUCCGAAUUAGCAGGUGGGUCGGCCGUAGAACUCGAUUUUUGCACUGUGAAAAUUUAUCAAAAUGGAAGGGAACUGAUACAAUUGUGACUUUCCAUUGUACAGGUUGGAAAAAAAAAGAAAAGUCAGUUCUAGUGGAACUCAAAUGUAAUGGUGAAAACUAAAAGUUUUAGGCAUAAUAACAGUGAAAUCAUUCAAGAGAAUUUGCCAACCUUCAGAUUUCUUUUCAUGUUGAAUUUUUUAUGCUUCUUAUUUUACGCACUUUUAUUGAAGUGGAGCAAUGAGACUUAAGGAUCAUGAGCCCCGCCAACGUUUCGCGAAUGAACAGAAAAUAAUGGACAAGGUUCACUACUUAAUUAAGAAAGUUCAGAAAUACCCAAAAUUCAUAAACACUUUAUACUAUAAAAUACUAGCAAGAAAAACAUUUCAUGAUUAAGAACCGUGAGAGGAAAAAGGGCAGCAGGAACAUGAGUCACUGUUAGUGUUGUUUUCGCCAUUUAACAUUUUAUUAACCACCUUGUUAUAAAAAUGUUUAUUAAUGAAGUUGCUUCCACAACCAAACUAUUCUUCGGACAAAGAAAAUUUUAAAAACAAACUUCGCUGGUCUCAGGACAUCAUUCUGCAAGUUCAAAGGUCACUGACUGUUUUGAAAUGCAAAUUGCUAUGUUAUUUUCAUCAGUCUGUGCAAAUCUAUUAUGUUGAAAAGCCGAAUUAUAAAAUUACUAAUAACUUGUGAACCUUUUGAUUUCUUUGGCACAACCGCAAAAAAAUUUGCGAGAACGCCUUGCCUUUUCGCUGCCAUUUCAGUCAAAACAGGUGAAGCAUGUGCUUUGAGUUCACGUGGAGUGUCACGCAGAUGUUACAUAACAACUGUGACGGGGAAUUCCUGGUUGCAACUUGAUGCGAUAGUAGAUGCGACUUUCAUUGAUUUGUUAGGGGAACCCUCUGUAAUUUGCUCGAAUUUGUAUACGAACUCAGUAAUUUUUUCAAACAAAAUUGCUAUAAUUCGGAGAUUUAGGAAUUAAAAUUCGUGGCUAGUAAAGCCAGAAAAGCUAUUUUACUUUCAAGAAAGAAAGUGGUUGAUGACACGCAAUCAGUCCAAAACAUUCAACUGAUUGUCCGAAGUAGGCAGUGGAAUAAAGCAAAGUAGCUGUCGGUCCAUCGCCGGUAGCCAUCUUCUAUUGAAACCUCUGAUAUGUUGUAGUUCUGUUCAAUUUUAUCCUUGGGUUAGAUUUUAUUUCCCUUUGUUUUCGAGUAUGGGUAUGGUACUGGUUGGUAACAAAUGAUAGUGAUUCAUGCCAAAGGGAAAUAAAAUUUAAACGAAGGAUAAAAUUUAACCACAACAGAUACACCGAUUGUUCAUAGAGAAUUUAAAUUAUGCAAUCAAUAACUUAUCAACAUAACAUUCAUUAACAGUCAUAACAACAAUCUUUGGUGUGACAGUUUAUCGGCUCACAUCAGACUUCAAAACAUGUCCCCUUUCACAAGUCUUGAAGGGGCAUUUUAAAAGUCUCAAGGGCUAAAUUGUUUGCUGUUUCUCUCAUUGCCUUCUUGCCCCCUCCCCCAUUGUUUCCUGGUUCAACCUCUGUUCAGCACUCAUGUGGCUGUAUCUUUUACUUUCCAAACCACACAAAGAAAAAUGCCAAAAAACUGGCAGCUAUGCAGGCUAUGGUAUUCACUAUUGGCAUUUCAGAAUGUGAUUCAGGUUAUUUGUAGACUGAUCAAAAUGCUUUUUUAUAACAGCUGUUGUUAAUGAAUCUUUAACCUCUGGUGAAUUCCCUUCUGCGCUUAAACGAUUUUUGAUUCGGCCAGUCCUGAAGAAGCCAGGUGUUAACAAGGAUGUUUUAAAAAAUUACCAACCUGUAGCCAAUAUAACUUUCCUAGUAAAAGUCAUUGAGAAGGUUGUCACGGUUCAGACACAUUCAUACUUGGAGGAUAAUCUAUUAAUGCCUUCUAUGCAAUCCGUUUAUCGUAAACAUCACUUGACCGAGACUGCCCUUCUGCCACUAAUGAAUGAAAUUCUUAGGACUGUUAAUUGUCGGCAAGACGUUGUUUUAGUCGUGCUUGAUUUGUCAGCUGCAUUUAACACCCUAGACCAUACUAUACUGUUGGACAGGGCUGAGUAGAUACUUCGGUUUUUCCCACACAGUGCUAAGAUGGUUUUCGUCAUAUCUUACUGGUCAGAUACAAUAUGUUAGUAUUGGUAAAACAAUAUCUAGCAGUCGGAGAUUAGAAUGUGGAGUUCCGCAAGGUUCGAUACGCGGUCAUCUCUUGUUUUUUCUUUAUACAGCACCUAUUCAAGACAUAAUCUCUGCUCAUAACCUCGAUUGUAUGUUCUGCACAGAUGACUCUCAACUCUACAUAACUAUUGACCCUCAUGAUCAACGUUCUGCUCUCAACACCCUUCAGAAGUGUAUCAGUGAAAUCAUAGAAUGGAACACCAUCAAUAAGUUAGUGUGCAAUCCUAGUAAAACAGAGGUCAUUCAAUUAUUUAGUCCUCGUUUCAUCAAGAACCCAAUUCUCAGUGAUUUUUUUGAUUGGCAAUGCUAGAGUACAACCAUCAGACCAAGUUUGUAAUCUUGGUGUAAACCUAGAUAGAGAGCUCAAUCUUAGUCAUCAUAUUAAUGAAAUAUGCAGAAAGGCUAUGCUAGCGAUUCGAUUCAUUGGCAGAUUGAGGAAGUAUGUGAGCAAGGAUCACCUUAAGAUGAUGGUCUAUGCUUUUGUUAUGUCAUGCUUGGAUUAUUGUAACAGUUUAUACUGUGGCUUACCCAAGCGAGAUAUAGACAAGCUACAACGUGUUCAGAACUGUGCCGCAUGCUUGGUUUUAGGAAUAAGAAGAUCUGACCAUAUAACUCCUGUCGUGAAAGACUUGCCCUGGCUUCCUAUUGGCGUAUGAAUUGAUUUUAAGAUUUAAAAUUUUAAAGGAUUUACAGGGCUUCUCAUAGGUCACGGGAAAAAAGUCAAAUUUCAUGGGAUUGUGAGGGACAAAAUCGUGGAAAAAUGGGCCGAUUUGGUGGGAAUUUAGGGGGAAUUUUCGGGGCAAACUUGGCCGGAAAGCAAUCGGUAAAAAAACGGAGGAUUUUGUGGUUAUUUUCAGGGCAAAUUUCACUAGAAAUCGAUCGGUUUUGCGCUGAUCAGACCAGCGUUUUUAAUGUUUUUCUAACAGAGGUCAUCAUUUGCUCUUUCAACAACAAUACACUCCAGAAGUGAACCAAUGGCAAAGCCUUUAACAUCAUGGCUAGUGCCCAUUUUUUCGCAACAUAAUCUACGUUUGGUAGUUUUGGAACGUUGUUUACACAUUUUAGUGACGAAGUUUUGACAUAAAUUUGCGAGUUUACGGCAAGUAAAUACCCCCAGUAGCUGAGACAAGUUUCAAAAUUGCUGUACAGACAUGUAUUUGAUAAGAUUUCUACUAAAUUUCACGGUAUUUUGCGUGUUUUUGUGAAUUUUGCGGGAUUUCAUGGAUUUACCUGAAUUUUGCAGCUCCUCGACCACGCGAAAUAUCGCUCCUUACUAUUUGCCUUCACUCCUUCUCAAAUACCAGCUGUCCCGUUUACUCUGCUCAUCUAAUAGACUGCUUUUACAAGUUCCUUCUGUUAAUACCGUGGCUUAAGGACACCUGUCAUUUUCAUAUUACGCACCGAUAAUCUGGAACAGUCUUCCUGAUCAUAUCAAAAACUCUGAAUCUGUUUCUACUUUUAAGCAAAGUUUGAAAACUUUUCUUUUUAGGAAUAAUUACUGUAUAGAGUUUCAUGUAGACUUUAUUUACUAUAAUCUAUUGUAAGCACAUUGAGAAUUCUUUAAAUGCACCAUAAAAACCUACUUUUAUUAUUAUUUAUUUAUUUGUUUACAAAUGAUAACAUUUUUCUUCGAGAUAUUACCCCAGCCUUUACAAUUGUUUAAAGACCAUACAGACAUGGCAUUUGAUGAUAUAUUUUAUUUGCAGCUAUGGAAAAGGUUUGUUUCUCGUUUGCAUCUCAAAGACAACACUUCAUUGUGCCAGACACUGUGGGUGCACUGACAAACAGCAUGAACCUUGUCCUCCGCAUUGACCCUAGUGAAUGCCACUUCAUAAAGUGUGAAGAAGUUGCUUCAAAUUGGUUUAACCUAAUGUUUGAACUGCCUAAUAGAAGAGAAGUGGUGGAUAAACUUUGUCUAAAUGCCUUAGAAAAGGAACCCUGGCUUGCCCAAUGUGGUGUCAGAGCCGUAAAAAUUGGUGACAAGUCUGAGAUCCAUAUGCAGACACCUAUUACACGUUCUGUUCCGACAUCCAUUGCAGAAGCUAAUGUUCCGACAUCCAUUGCAGAAGCUAAUCUUCCAUGCUCACAAGGUAGGAUGCUUCCUUCCUUCCUUCUAACAGCCGUACAGUCAUUAAGCUAUUGUCACCUUGGUACAGAGGGUGGGGAGGGAAAGGUUCCUCCCUCAUGUUGGUUUUGCCAAUGGAUGUCUUGAUCCCAAAUCACAGCUGAUCAUGCACUAUUGAUCCCAGAUGUUCUUAAAUGGCUGAAAUUUCUCCUUGUCUAGUGGCCCAUUAAUUUUAUCCUACAGUUUUAUAACUGAUCAGUUGAUACAAAAAUUCUUGUUUGGGGAAAGUAGAACCAGCAGCAACUAAAAUGUUAAUCAGUGUUGCCACCAGUUUAAUGUAUUCAACUUUGAGCAAGAAGCUUUUUGUAUCAUGUGGUCAGCAUUUGGAAAUUAUAAUAAGCCUGCAAGGCAAAGUGAAAUUUAAGGGUGGGAGCAAUAGUGAUCUAGUAGAAAUCUUAUGACAUACAUGAACUAAGACACUGCAAAAUUCUUAUCUUUGGAGAUUUACAGUAUUAUUUAAACAUUGGUAUUUGGUUGGAAUAAAAGGAUGUUGUCAUACCCUCAUGAUACAAUAAUCAUUUUUUUCUGAUAGAGAAAAUAACCUUUUACCUUUUUUGUCAGAAUGUAGCCUCUGGUAACUCUACCACUUUGUAGUUGUUUGUACAUACUCAAAGUUAUAAAGUUAUCUAUGACCUUUAGAACUAGAAGAGGUAGUCAAUGCAGCAAUUGCCUUUGACCCGAUUUAUUUUUCUAGAUAGAUGUUUUUUUUUAAAUUUAAUUAGUCGCUAUUGACAUAUCAAUUAUUUAAUUUUUCUUUUAUAUUGUCAAACACUUUUAUCAUGAGCCAGUGGCUCGGGGGAUUGGGAGACCACCCCCUGUGCAUCUGACAUUAAAUAAAUUAUCUUGUCUUAUCUUAUCUUAUCUUAUUUUAGGAGCAGCUUUUGUUUGUUUUAGUUAAUCAAAAAAACUAAAAUUCAUCUUUUGCUGUCUUUCUUAAAACUUAUGCGCAGCUUUGUUUGUUUUAAACACCUAAAAAAUAUUUCUGGAACCUUUAUUGUGUUCUGAAAAUCACAGCAAAGAUCAUGACACGUGAGCUUAAGCCACAAAGCCACAAACCAAUGAUUAUAAUCUUGUUUGCAGACUCAAGGUUUUUUUAAAAUGCCUGAUUGGCUUUUUCCUUGAAGCACAAUAGCAUUUCAGAAAUAUUUCUGGCUCCAGUUGUUCAAACGUGGGAUAGUGUUAUACACUGGAUAAAUCACCAUCCAGGAGAGAAGUAUUAGAGAAACUACCGGUAAUAAAUUAUUGCAUUAUCCACUGGAUAGUGAUUUAUUCAGUGGAUAGCAUUAUCCAUCUUUCGAAAAACGAGGCCCCAGUGGUUUCACAGUAAGGUUACAUGUAGCUCAAAAGUAGAUAUCUCUAUCAAGCUAGGUACAUGUACUGUGCAUAACUCAUUCAUCCAUGGAAAUCAUUUCAUAAAGUGCCACUGAAAGCUUCUUGAGCUGUUUUCUGGUCAACCCUACUUGCAAAAAAAAAGUCAAAACUGUCCAAAGCAUCAUUUGUAAGACAAGCACUAUGCUGUCUUUUGUUCCUGAUGGUAAAUUGUAGCUUCUAAAGUUCACCAAACUGUAGAAGGCAAAAUUUAUAUACUACCUCCAUGGAUUAGUAAAUCAGCCUUCCCACUUUUUGAAAAUAAGACUAACCGAUUGUAAUCUUUCUAUUUAUAGUUGUGUCACAUCAUGCACCUUGCUUGCAUGAUGAUCGAAAGUUAGAUUUGAUAGUUGUUGUGGACUGUGCUACCACAAAUGCUGCCAUUCUUGGGCAGCUCAAGGCACAGCUAAGGCAUAUGGUGGAUGCCAUAUCCCAAAAAAGUGCCCAUUUCCGUCUGGCAAUAAUCAGUUACCAAAAUCAUCCCAAUACUGGACGAAGAGUUCCAACUGCAUCUGUUUCCAACAUAGCUUCUGUUGUUAACUUCACGGAUGACAAAUCAAAAAUGAAAGACAACAUCAACGGCUUGAGGUGUUUUGGUAACAGUGGCUCUAGGAGAGGCCUGGCUGACGCACUGGCUUUAGCUGUUCACCUAAGCAAUAACAAUGAUGAUGAUGAUUGUAACAAUGAUUAUAAAUGCCGCCAAGAAGCCCUCACAGUCUGUGUAUUGCUGCGUGAGUAUGCAUGUUUGCAAUGCAAAAAAAUUACUAAGACUUUCAACACUUCAUGUGAAAAUACCAUGUUACAUUCACAAAUGAAAUGAUUACUGUUACUACAGUUACACUAAAUCAUGCCUUCUGCAGCAAAAAAGUAUUUAAGAGAAAUGUUCUUCUUUUAAAUUCAUUAUUGGUGUUUAUAUAAUACAGUGUAAUCAGAACAUAUUACAUGUUUGCUUGGAGGUACAUGCAAAAAAUUUCUCUUCGAGUGUAUGUUUAUGUUUAGGUUGUUUUCCAACUCUCGAACAGAAAUUUCGUAUCUCUACGCGGCCAUGUAAUAUCUUCUACUUCUGGUGAGGACAAUGCCUGCUUUACAGAGAGUUAAUAUACUGAAAAGGUGGGAUGUAGGCAGGGGAUUUUGACAAAAACCCUGAAGAAGAUACAGUACAUUUGACUCUGAAGAUGACUACCGCACGGGUUGUCGAAACGUCAGUCACUGUCAACAACAACAUACCCUGGGUACCAGAGGUGUUUCUCGUGUACUGCGGGAAUUUUCGGUGUUGGCCGAAGGCCGACACAUCUUCGCCACGAGCGGCGAAGCCGCGAGAAAAAACUUAUCGGGCGGGUCACUAUAAAGACUUGACAGAAACCGGAAACUGCGCUAGAAAAGUCUCUGGCACCCAGGGUAACAACAACAGUCCUAUUCAGGACUACGUUCACCAGGACGAUCAAACUCAAUCUACUUUUGACAUGUAUUGCUAUUCAUGGAGUUUGAUAAUAUGAAAUGACGCCCUUUACUCCUGAUCUAAUAUCUGCUCCUUUCGAGUUACAAGACAAGGAAAAUCUACUAGUGGUUUAUCAAAAGUCACUUGGGAGCUCUAUUCCAGAACGUGACCCCUUCAGUUGUCAAUGAAUCCUUUUUCCAAGUUUUGAUAAAGACCUGUAAACGAAUAUCUAUCAACGCUGCUGGAAAGAAAGCCUUAAAGUUAGGAAACUUACCAAGUUUAAAUGUUAUACGUCCAAAGCGAGCGAAGAUAUUUCUCCACAAAGUCGCAGAAUUUUACAGACGUUUGUAUGGUGGGGGGCACGAACUUGCCCCCGCCCCCCACCAUAGAAACGGCUGUAAAAUUUCGCGGCCUUUUGGACCUAUGUCUUCGUGAGUUUUAAACAACUUUAAACGUUGGCAACAUUACUGAUUGUAAGGGGUUUGUUCCAGUCGUGAUGACGAAUGGUCCCAGUCGAAAAUUGAAAAAACCAUGGAAGAGGCAGUGAUAAUGAUCAUUGUUAUUUGCAAUUACAGCUUUAGACGUUCAAUUUGGUAACCUUGAUAUCUUCAAAUGUACCCAUGGCCAUGAUGUCUUAAGCCUUUGUAGACAACUUGCUGCGAAUGCCGUUACACUUUACGUGGUGUUGUGCAGGAGUUCAAAGCCAGGAAUACCUCCCUAUCUUCCAAAUUCUGGACGACGUAUUGAUCUCAUGGCAGAGUUUUUUACAGGAAUUUCCCUGAUGACUGGCGGGCUGUUUAUCUACAGCGAAAGUGUCAAGGUUGUUUCUGAGGUAGUUCUCAUGCCUAAGAAUGCAAUAGGACAAUUGCACGAUGACGACAUUUGACUACAACUACCAGAAUUCAUUUCGGUUUUGCUUUGUUAUUUAAAUUUGUCAAUCCCGCUGAGGAUUAAAGAACAAUAGCCUUAAUUUGCAUAAGAAAACAACAAACUCAAGGAUUCUGGUAGUUGUAGUAACAUGACGUCAUCGUGCAAUUGUACUAUUGCGUUAACUUUUAAAGAGCCUGUGACACACGUCUGCGCAUGUGCGGCGUUUUGAUUUCUGCUGGACAGAAAGUUUUUUUCAAAGUUAGUUUUCGGUGAAGAAAUCUUUUUCCAUCGACCUAAUGAGGCUUGAGUAUUUUACAUCUCUCUUUCUUUGCUUUCAUACCGUACAGUGUGAUCGAACACACGCACUUUGGUAUGGUAGACCGCGGUUUUGUUUACUCCUUGCGUUCGAAAAAGAAAAUACUGUUCGCCUUGGUGACUCUUCUUGCCUGGAACGUUUAACAAAAAGGAAUUAACAACUGUUUGUUUCCUGGGGUUCGUUUCGUUCGAUAUAUUUUAAUACUAGAUUAUAAACUGAAGGCGAGUUAACCAUACUGGUAAGCGAGAUGACUGAAAAACGGUUAUAUGUGGAUGUUGCUAGAUAUCUGAAUGACCCUUACGCAAUCCCGGUGUCCGCUCGUUUCGCUACAAGACGAUUCGCGGCGAAGUUUUAAAGUCGUUUCGCUGCCGGCAUCACAAAGUUGAAAACUGCUCCAAAGUUUGCUGGUGUUUGUUCGAUGAUUAACUCAGUGAAAUGGUAAUUAAGUCGUUAGUAUUAUUCGUUUGUAGUUAAUUUUAUUCGGUUUUAUACGAAAGGUCAAAAAUCUGAACGUGAUACAGCGAAACGACUUUGCUGCGAAUCGAACGAAACGACUGGUAAGCUCAACUGUCACUGGCAUGUUUUAUCCUAACUCAAAGAGGUUUAACCAAGAGUCUGUCAGAACUGGCUGGACAAACCAGUCAUUUUGCUACAGCUUUGAUUCGAAGUAUAGACUAUCGCUUCUUGUUCUGAAGGAUCUGAAAUAGAGGAAAGCAUUUCAGUGGAUUUUAUUGGACGUUACGUCACCUGGGUUGAUCUUUAGAACUGAGUUUUGAGGGUGGUGGUGCUAUCACGCCUUUUACCGCAAGAUGAAAUUGAGGAAUAAAUAUAACUUACGUUAAAAACGUUUUUGGUGUUUUGCCUAUAGAUAAUUUCCUAUAUCGUUGAGGUGGAUAAAUCUAUGGAGCGCCUCUUUGGUACAGCUCAUGAUAUUAUUCUUGACGAAAUCGAGAUGAACGACGGAGACGUGGUCUUGGAAGAGCUGCUUACCAAAGUUCAAGAAGAGCUCACUAAACGAUCUUUGCAUGUUAACCUCAUAGCAAUCAAUGGAUCAACCAUUGGUCCAAGCUCCAAGUUAGCAAGUAAGUUUUCAUUGGACAACAGCAUUGAUGGUGCCUGCAAAACAUGGCAAAGAGAAGUGAAAAAAAUGCGGCAAGCGGAUUUGGCCAUUGCAUCAGGAAGUCGAGGUGACGUCAACAUGGAGGAAGCAGCUGGUCCACAAGUUCAACUGCUGGAAAAACAGAAUGUAACCAGGGAAGUUUCAGAAAGAAUGGUACGGAGAGUAGUUGGGGGUUGAGAGCAAUAUCGGCGUAGAAAAUAGAAUCAAUUGAUUCGUUAUAGAUAAUAACGAUCGACCCGAAUUUUGUACCAACCUUCUUAUGAAUUCAAACAUAUUUCAGUAUUCGAUAUGAGGAAUUAAAUUCUAGAAUGGCUUCCGCGGGCUUUUGAGCUUAUAUUUCUUAGGGUUAGUGUAAAGAGCAAGUGAGCAUGCUGUGUUUACUGCUCCCGUUCACGAAGGAACUUAUUUUAUCUGAGUCAUUUUAGAAGAAAUUCGUUAGAUGCGCACAAAAAACGAACGAAAAGAACAGCUUCGGAGAUUUUCUUAACUUUUACUGAAAAAUGUGCAGAUAUUCGCAUAUUGCUGAGAUCGACUUAUAUUGGAUGAAUCAUGUCAGGCGAGCUGACAAUAAACCGUUGAAUAUUGUAGGGAUGUUGUUUAUUAUCCAAAUCGUUAGUAAGGCUGCAAGCCUACUAGCAGACGAUAUUUUCAUACAAGGAGAUAGUUAAAAUGUAAAAAGAAACUUAAAAUUCUUUUUUGCCGCCAGUAGGAUAGCGUUUGCUAGGUUCUCAGAUAAUACCGGCAUCGCAAAAACAAUAGACUACGAGCAGUCUCCCUUUUUUCUUGUUCCAUCGAUCAAAACGCGCGAGACACGCAAAUGACCACACCCGUGACUGAAGGCGCGAGAAGAAAGAUGUUCAUUUUUCUUUUCGGGCUGCCGCCCUCGUUUCUCGCGUCUGUCGCCGCUCGCGCGCACUUGCACUUCCCUCACUAAAUCUGACAAAAAGAGAGACUGCUGGCAGUCUACGAAAACAAGGUCAACAGACGCUCAAGUUUUCGUUCACCCCAUGUAAAGGAAUCCGGAUUUCGGAAUCCGGAAAAUUUUUGCCUGUCUAGUGGAAUCCGGAAUCCUGAGCUUUGGAAUCCGGAAUACUGCUCAAAGAAUCCGUAAUCUCACCAGCGAUUAGAAUCCAGAAUCCAAGUUCCAGUGACAAGGGAUCCGGAAUCCAGUACGUGAAAUCCGGAAUCCAUGGCGUGGAAUUCAGACUACUGGACUCCCUUACGGCGUGGGGCGAUUUCACGAUCGCUACACUUUUCGGGAGCCUAGAACAGGCUACUAGAAUGAUUAGAUAGAUAACGGUGUGGAAUUAUAAAUUUAUCAGUUUGUCCAGUCAAACUGGAUUUGCCGCUUGGGUUAGUCCUUAUUGUAAACAAUUUAUUUUCUUGUUGUAGAAGCACAUAUUUUGUACUUUUUUCGCUGUAACGCGGAAGGUAAUUUUGUGAAAUAAAGGAAUACUAGAACAACGCGAGUACAAAAACAUCAUUUUAGCUUGUUAAAAAGGGG